AUCGAGUUAUUCUCAGUCAUCAUGUUUACGAUUGAGUACGUCUUGCGGUCGCUGUGUUGUCCAAACUAUCGAAAGUUUGUCAGGCAACCUCUGAACGUGGUUGAUUUGUGCGCCAUUCUUCCGUUUUAUCUCGAAGCUAUUUUUCCGCUUUCGGUAUCCAGUCUUCAGAUUAUUCGUACGAUUCGUUUGGUGAGAGUGCUGCGAAUCGUCCGGCUUGGGGUGAAAUUCGGACGCUUAUCCAUCAUCGGAUCGUCGAUCAGGGAAUGCAUCGACAUGCUGUUGGUUUCGCUCGCCAUCGGUUCAGUGUGCACGGUGAUUUUUUCGACGCUCAUCUACUAUGCUGAACACGGCGAUUACGUGGCGAGCUUGGACAUUUACGCGCGGAGAACGGACAGCCCGUACAAGAGCAUCCCCGCGAGCUUCUGGUGGUGCAUGGUGACAUUGAUGACAGUCGGCUAUGGCGACCACGUGCCGGCGACAGGUUGGGGUAAACUUGUGGCGUGUCUCACAAUGGUGACGUCGGUAUUAUUAUUAGCCUUGCCGAUUUCAGUCAUCGGCACAGAGUUC